CUUCCUGCCCCGUCGGCGGCCGCGGGGUGGGGCCGAUUCUUCGCCGCCACCGCUGCAGCCGCGUCCCGACCCGGCCCGGAGAUGCUGGACUUUGCCAUCUUCGCAGUCACUUUCCUGCUUAUCCUGGUGGGCGCCGUGCUCUACCUCUACCCGGCAUCUAGACAAGCAUCAGGUAUCCCUGGGCUAACUCCAACUAAUGAAAAGGAUGGCAACCUGCCAGAUAUCAUUGCUAGUGGCAGUUUGCAUGAGUUCCUGGUGAAUCUGCAUGAGAAAUAUGGUCCACUGGUCUCUUUCUGGUUUGGAAGACGUCUUGUUGUCAGCCUUGGCUCCAUUGAUCUCCUGAAACAACAUAUAAACCCCAACCUGCUGUUGGAUCCCUUUGAGACAAUGCUGAAGUCCCUCUUGAGGUACCAGUCCAGCCUGAGUGGGGAUACAGGAGAGAGCCUCAUGAGGAGAAAGCUGUAUGAAAGUGCUGUGACCAAGUCCUUGCAAAGCAACUUUGCUCUCAUCCAGAAGCUGUCAGAAGAGUUGGUAGCCAGAUGGCUCUCCAUCCCUGAGGCACAGCAUGUGCCACUCUGCCAGCACAUGCUGGGCUUUGCUAUGAAGUCUGUCACACAGACAGCCAUGGGCAGCAGCUUUGAAGAUGACCGGGAAGUCAUCCGAUUCCGCAGACACCACGAUGCAAUCUGGUCAGAGAUUGGGAAAGGUUUCUUGGAUGGGUCCCUUGACAAAAACAUGACUAGGAAGAAGCUCUACGAAGAUGCCCUAAUGGAGAUGGAAUCCACCUUAAGGAAAGUUACAAUGGACCGCCGAGGCAAGUCAUUCACCAGGCACAUCUUUAUAGACACCUUACUGCAGGGGAGCCUGAGUGACCAGCAGAUUCUGGAAGAUACAAUGAUUUUCUCCUUGGCAGGAUGCAUGAUCACUGCUAACUUGUGUACCUGGGCAGUCUAUUUUCUGUCAACCUCAGAAGAUGUUCAGCAGAAUCUCUACAAGGAGAUGGACCAUGUUCUGGGGAAGGGACCAAUUACACCUGAGAAAAUGGAUCAGCUCAGAUACUGUCGGCAGGUCCUGUGUGAGACAGUGAGAACAGCAAAGCUCACUCCUGUGGCUGCACAGCUGCAAGAGCUGGAGGGCAGAGUUGACCAACACACCAUCCCCAAAGAGACACUUGUGCUGUAUGCUCUUGGCGUGAUGCUGCAGGAUAGUUCAUCAUGGCCAUCACCAUACAGGUUUCAACCAGAGAGAUUCAAUGAGAAAUCAGCCAUAAAAAGCCUCUCCUUGUUGGGUUUUUCAGGAAGCCAGGAGUGCCCAGAGUUGAGGUUUGCCUAUAUGGUGGCUACAGUUCUGCUGAGUGUCCUUGUAAGGAAACUGUAUCUCCACCCAGUCAAAGCACAAGUCAUGGAGACCAAAUAUGAGCUGGUAACCUCACCAAAAGAGGAAGCCUGGAUAACACUGUCUAAGAGAAGCUAAGAGCAAGCUAAACAUGGAGCUAAAAGUGCCAACCAUGAAGUUCUAAGCAAAGGUCUUAGGGGGAAUCAUGCUGGUGCCACACUGACUUAGCCAAGGACUUUUACAUCCAGAUUUUGUUACCUUACACGUUCUUAACCACAUACCUCUCUUGGGUACUUUUUCUAACUCAACUCGUAGUCAUAUUAAAUUAGAUCUAAUCUG